ACCACGUGGCGGGAGAAACGGUCGAGAUAAUAGCCGGACAGAAAGAAAAAUGGGACAAGCUUGGUGCAAGGAGAAGACCUCGAAGGCACAGGACUCCAAGUCUCCUCUGGAUCGAGUCUUCGUACGUUGCGCGCAUCGGAUCUACCCCAGUUUGAAGGAAGAGGGAUCGGUGUUGGGAGGUGGGACGCAAAGAGUGACGAGCUCCGAAAUAGGGUACGCUGGUUCGCCGCCAAGGGAAGUGCUGACCAGAGGGAGGAGCAUAGAUUCCGUGGACAGGCCCUUUCAUCCGAGCGACUGGGUCGACGUGAACCUCGAAGUUCCGAGCACACCGAGGGCGGCCUCGGUGCUCACCAAUUUAACCGUCGACACGAACCUCUAUCCGGCCACCACCCCAACGUCCAGCUGCUCGAAUCUAAAGGACGCGACACCGAUUCCACCGCCGAGGCGUCGAAAGCGGAACAAGGGCAGGCCUUUGCCGCCUAAACCGGACGAGGUGAGCGCGGAGAACUCGUCCAACGGGCUGGACCGGGCGGAGACAGGGAACGAACCGUUAUACUCGUCGGUGAGGUCGCCGAAAAGCAGCGGGGACGAGCAGGAGGCGGAAGAGAAGACGAGGUCGUACGAGGAAGGGGGUAAAAGGACGAAGGAGAUUUACGAACACAAGGUGAACGGAACCGGAAGAGUGAUCUCGAGCGACGUGGUUUCCGGGAGAAGGUGUUACGAGAGCGGCGUUGCGCAGCAGCAGUACGAAAGAUUCGCCAACGGUCGCACGAGCAGAGAUUCCUCCACUCCGAAGCGCGAGGAGAAGAGAAAAUGGAGACAAGGGGAGAAGCGCGCGGAGGAUCGGUCGAGGAAGGAGGAGAGAUGGAGCGGCAACGCGAGGUACAAGCACUUGAGCACCGUCAGCCUGCCGAAUUACGACGAGUUGGAUACGAGGAGACAUCGAUCGAGGGAAACGGAGCUCCAACAGGACGAAUUCGAGUCCCAUCCGAGGAGACCCGUCAGGAGUAGCACCGUGUCGCUUCCGCCCGAAUCCUUCCUCUCCCCAUUUUCCGAGAAAACGAGCGUGCGAUUGGAGGAUUACGUCCCGAGGAGCGACAACCUAUCGCCGUAUCAGGUUAUAGAGAAGUUGAGCAGAGCGAACGGAAUGGUGAAAGAAUACGAGUACGUCAAGUACGACUCGAGGAGAGGGGAAGAACAUUGGGAAUUGAGCGACAUCGGAUACUCGGAAAUUCAGGAUAAGAGUUGGGACGAGGACGCGGAGAAGGAGGACGCGGUCGAUUUCUCGAUCGGUCGAGAAGACGGAAGGAGAUCCCCCCCUUCGAUGAACGGGCAUGUUUCCGAAUCUCCCGUCUACUUGGAGAAGCCCGAAGCGUUUGGAAAAACGGCGUCCCCGCCAGUAGCCGACCAACCGGAACUCGCCCAAGUCGAUCCAAAUAGAUCUCACGCGAGAUACUACGAUCCACCCAGCACGACAAACUGUUGCAAAAUUAUCGGCGAGUCGUCGCGGUUCAAAGAGCCGUUUUUCUUGGACGAGGCGAAACAUCGUUCCGUUUUAGAUACGAUCGGCGGGUCGACGAGCGAAGAAGGGAGACUGGAAUCCGAUCGAUUCGGCCAAUCGAGGAGCGCGUCGCACCGGGCGGACCCCGAGCCGACGGAGUUGACCUCCAGCACCGCUCUGAUCAGAACCAUCUCCGAGGAGUCGUUGCCGCGCGAGAUGCUCGAGCAACAGGAGCCGGACGACUUCUUCGACGAGAAACUCGCCAAAGACGCGCGCAACAAUAUGAAGAAGCGUCUGGACGACUGGGAAACGAGCGGCACGCCGCCGCCCAGCCCCGAGCCCAGGAUCAAACCCUCGACCGCCCUCGACCCGGAUCACUCCACCCUGUUCAAGAUCCUCAAGGAGGAGGCAGCGGAGGAGAGCAACGUGAGCUCCAUGACGCCCAGCCUCACCGAGCUGGAGGCCGCUUUGUCCGACAUGUUGGAGAAGGAGGAGCCGCAGGAGCAGGUCCCAAAGAUACUGGAGCCCGUGAUCGAGGAGUUGAGCAACAACGAUCGAAACGGGGAGGCUGCAAGGAGGCAACUCGCCGCGGAGGGCGAGAGGAAGGUGGCGGGACGAAAGGUCUCGUUCUGCUCGUGGGAGGAGUCGAUCGCGGAGUCUCGUCGAUCGGAAGCCGGACCCUCGGCGAAUCUGGACAGCGUCCUCGUCUCCGCCGAGGAAACGGAGGCCUUUCCCACCGAUAUUCCGCCAAAGAAACCCAACAGGUCGAACAAAAGCCCGGAGGAGGAUUUUUCGGACCUCGUCCCGACGCCCCCUCGGAGGAAGAACAAGAGCGGUCCUCUUCUCGGCGUGGCGAGGAGGGAACCCGAAACGGCGCAAAAUGGCAGCACCACGUCCGACCACCACCUCCACAACGACAGACUCAUUUGAUCGUCCUCGACGGAUCUCGCGCCUUCUCUCCUUGCUGUUCGAUCGUUAACUCGGCGACGAGUGUUUCACGCUCGCGAGACGAUCGUACGAACGAGAAAUUGACGAUUCCGCGAUUGUAUAUAUCUUUCUGUACGUAUAUGUGUAUGUAAUGUAUCUAUCCGUGUAUGUACAAUACAUGAUCUGUUUCAACCUGUG